AUGCCGUCGUCGUCGCUCUCGCUGUUGCAGUUGCGCGAGAAAGCAGCGCUAUUUCCGGUGCUCACACUCUAUAGCUGCAUAAGCGAUGCUGAGGAGAGCAGCAAUGGGGCUCGGUACAGCGCCCAGGACAAAUUUACGGGAUGCAUGUACGAGGUGCGUUGUCUUCCUUUGAACGUCUCCUCAUCGCAGAGCGACCUUCACAAGUUAUUGGCGGUGCAGCAAAAGCGAUUAGACGCAUUAACUUCGGCCUCUGUGCGAGGAAACGUUUCAGCGUCUGUUUCCCUUCCCAUUGAUGCAUAUGUGCAGGAAUUGGCGUCUAGCAAGGAGUAUUUUGUAGUCUCUGUGUCAUCGUUUGGCGGUCUUUCUUUGGGUGAUAUGAUUCGAGCUGGCUGUCGGCUUUUGGAGAAUGCUGAUUUUAAUGAAAUCCUUAGCUGUGUAGAGGAAUACGCGUGGGAGAGUGUACGAUUGCCGCCCCACCGCAAUUUGACUUUGAACGCCCUUCUACGUCAGCUCACUGUGCGUUCUGGUGCCGUUGAGAGGGAUCAUCCCUCCCGUUGGGUGAUUGGCGACUGGCAGCUACUCGCGGAGGACGCUGCACCUACGACGCAUGAGGAGCUCGUUGGAGAUUUGGAAUGGUUGUUGUAUUCAGCAUUUGAAAAACUGGGUGUCUCAUGCGACCCGGACGGGAAUGUGCUUCGGAGGGACGUUGUAGAAAUGCGCAUCAACGAGACGAUUGAGCGUAUUCGAAAGGGAGCUGUGACUGGAGUGGGGCGUAGUCCAAGAGCAUCCCACAGCAACACCCACGUGAAAAAGCAAAUCCAUCAAACAAAGUCUGUGAUUGUAAAUGGUGAUACUACUACUACUACUACUACUACUACUACUACUACGACUACUACUACUGCUGGUAUUGAUAGUGGAGUUAACGGUAACGGUAGUGACUCGAAUGAGUUAGUAGACAAGGUUGCUUUGCAUAGGCGGAAACUAAAUGAAGAGCAACAAUUCCUUCGGAGCUUUCGCAGUGAGGAAGAGAAGAAAGGAAAUAGCCGGGGCAUGCUUAACCGUGACGAGGAGGAACUGGAUGACGUGGAAGUUCCCCGUCGGCGUGUAAAGGUCAUGGAGGUGUUUUAUCCGAGCAAACUUCUAAGGAACGUCACAUUAGAAACAGAGGCGAGCAGGAAACAGUUUGUUGGAAAGAAGGAGGCCAUAUUGGAUGCCGUCACUGAAACAGUAUAUAUAGGUUUGCAGCGUAGUAGGCAAAAUCGCCAAAUUGAAGAUGAUGCAGUUCAGAUGCGGCGCGGGGCCAUUCUUUCCAUGUUAAUACGAUCAGCAACGCUGGCAAACAAACAUGCCAAGCCUUCUUUAGUAGACGCAAGAAAUACGUCUCCAAGUUCUCAGCCUACUGUACAAGGGGUAUCUAGACUUCCAAACGGUUUGCCUUUGACAACAGAAGGGUUCAUCCCACACAGUGAUGAUUGUAUGUGUAGUGACACGACGACCUUUUGUAGGAGUCCUUCUCCCGUGGCACUGCAGCCCGAUUUACCGAAAAGGGGAAUCGGUCCUGUUUUAUCGUCCAGUAAUCUGGAACGUGAAUGUUUUUCUGCAGCAAAACAUGAAAUGAGUGACGUUAGUGGGGAUCAGUUGAUGACUAACUUUCCUAUGUCAGCGAAGGGAGAAGCGCCUUCAUCCUCGCAAAAGGGCACCGUCGGUCCUCAAGCUAGCAGGUACACCAUUUGUCGUACCGACCAACACCUACUGUCUCCGCGAAAAGGAGCCUUCAAUGGCGUCAAUACAACAGAAAGAUCCCCAUUAGCUGGUACCUUCCCUCAGGGAAGGACACCACGGACAACAAGGAGACGCCAACAAACCGAGAAGGGGAAUAAACAUAACAUUCGUUCAGCACCUCGACGACUCGUGGGAAACUAUUCAGUUCCACGUUUAGCAGUGGGAAAUACGGUGCUGGGUGGGACGGGUUUUUCCAAUACCUUACCAAUAUCACAAAACAAGAGUGAAGUGUUGGGUGUUUCACAGCCUUUCUGGAGAGGUGAAGAUAAAUAUAGAUCGCCUUGUGUAACUACAAGAGGCCUUGGAGGUGCGGGAGGUCUCUCACGGGGUAGUGUUUUUCAUGUUAAUGGGUCUUUUUUGGGUGCGACAGCGAGACGACGUCAUGCUGGUCUUGGUGAUAGCCUUGCAUGA